GUGACCUCCCGCUGUUGUCUUCCAGAGUCCAGCUCCUAGGUACAGGCAUUAGUAAUCGUUCGCCUGCAGCGCUUUAAAAAGGAUGCAGUCGGUGAUCCAUUACUUCUGUCUGAAACGUUGAGCGAGAAUGGAAUGGCAGCGGCGGCGGUGGCCGGGCAGAGCGCUCUGGUGUGUGUGAGGGGGAGCGCUCUGGUGUGUGUGAGGGGGAGCGCUCUGGUGUGUGUGAGGGGGAGCGCUGCUGACACAUAGGAGGAGGAGGACACUUCAUAAGGACUCUGCCGCCUUCUUGUCACCCGCCGUCAUCUUCCCCGGCACCUGUAGACACUAUGCGGAGGCAGACAUGUCUAUUGGAGUAGGCUUGUCGAGUCUCGCUGUCUUCUUGCUGUGGUUACCGUCCGCUUCGUGCGCUCCAUCCUGCUCCAGCUAUGGCUGUGCCCCGGGGCCACCUGUGGUGCUGGUACCAGGUGACUUGGGAAACCAACUGGAAGCGAAGCUGGAUAAACCAUCAGUUGUGCACUACAUGUGCUCUAAGAAGACGGACUAUUACUUCACUCUUUGGCUGAAUCUGGAGCUUUUACUGCCCCUAGUAAUUGACUGCUGGAUAGACAAUAUAAGGUUAGUUUAUAACACAACCACAAAGACUACUGCUUCUCCUGAGGGAGUGGAUGUGCGGGUCCCAGGCUUUGGCCAGACAUACCCUUUGGAAUUUCUGGAUCCUAGCAAAAGGAGUGUGGGUACAUAUUUCUACACUCUUGUUCAGAGUAUGGUUGACUGGGGGUACACACGUGAUGUAAAUGUAAGAGGAGCACCUUAUGACUGGCGCAGAGCUCCGAAUGAGAACACAGAAUACUUUGAAGCCCUACAGAAGCUCAUAGAAACUAUGUAUGAGGACUAUAAGAGCCCAGUAGUGCUCAUUGCUCACAGUAUGGGCAAUCUGUACACCCUUUAUUUCCUCAACCACCAGAAGCAGGCCUGGAAGGACAAGUAUAUCCACUCUUUUGUGGCUCUUGGUGCUCCUUGGGGAGGAGUGGCCAAAACUAUGAGAGUUCUUGCUUCAGGAGACAAUAACAGAAUUCCAGUGAUCAGCACCUUGCGGAUACGUGACCAGCAACGCUCGGCUGUUUCCACUAGUUGGCUACUACCCUAUAAUAACACGUGGUCAGCUGAUAAGGUUUUUGUAACUACACCCAGCACUAACUACACACUGAAGGACUACCAAAUUUUUUUUAGAGACAUUGGCUUUAAGGAGGGUUGGAUCAUGAGGAAAGAAACUGAAAAUCUUAUAUCCUCACUUACUCCACCUGGCGUUACAGUACAUUGCCUAUAUGGAACUGAGGUUGACACUCCUGAAUCAUUUCAUUAUGAUUCUUUCCCAGACAAGGACCCAACCAUUAUUUAUGGGCCUGGAGAUGGAACAGUGAACAUAGAAAGUGCCUUAAAAUGUCGUAAGUGGGUUGGUCUUCAGAAACAGACAGUAUCUCUGGUAGAUCUGCCAGGUAAUGAACACAUUGCCAUGUUGUCAAAUGUUACCACUAUAUCCUACAUCAAGAAGGUCCUUCUAGGUGUAUAGCUUGCAACUAUGAUGUUAGUAUUAGUUGCCUUCUGUGCACUCUUAUUUCUGUAGUUGUUAAGCAUAUGAUUUGCUACACAAGAGCAGAUAAACUUUGCUGUUAAAAUGUCAGACAUGGCGAGAGAGAGUUUGUGCUGUACUAGACCUUUCUUCUUUGAGAGACCUGUAGGCUGUUUACUUCUAGAGAUCGUGCAUUGCUGGAAGACCGUUUAAAGCAAAACUGUCUUUAGUGUUAACUGCACUAACCUGUUAAGUGUGUGGAGCUUGUGACACUGUUGUCCCGAUUUCCGGAGCUGACUUGGGGCACGGGCAGAGAUUUCACCGCUGCGGUUUCCCCAGGUCUGCUUGCAGCGGGGACCAACAGCAAUGACAUCAAAGCUCCACUCAUGCCCCAAGCCCACUCCGGAACAGAAGAUAGUGGGACAAUGGGGCCAUGGAACUGGAUCAGGUAAGUAUGGUUGUCAUCAGUGUCACCUGCACUUCGCACCUGUACCAACAGGAUAGUGUGUGUAACACUGAUACGUUUUCCUUUUUAGGAGGUUAAUACAAUUACACAUUCUUUAAACAUUGUGUAUUACUCAGGCUUUAUUUGUACUUUAUCCAGUUCUGCAACUGUAAAAACCCACUUUCUUGUAAAAAUAUUUGAACAAAAUGUCACACUUCAAUUAUUGAAUUACUAAAAUUUUUUGAUGUGUUUGAGAAUACGUACAUUGUACACCAUUACAUUUUAAAAAAUGAUGUAAUUAAACAUAAAAAAAAAAAAAUUAUAUAGUGCUUGCAUAGUCUUUAGACUGAUCUCUCAAAUAGGAUUCUGAUCACAGUGCACAGAUAGCAUACAGCACAGAUGUUUACUUGUAUAGGAACAAAUGAAGUGUUUAAAGAAAUGUUGGAUCUCUGACAUUGUACCUCAAUUAUAUUAUUGUUUAAAUAUGUAAACUGAGACUAUAUCUAAUAUUUGGGAUUAUUUCACAUGGAUGGUAUUCUGCCCUCUAUAUUGUACUGUGUUGUACUUUUUGCCUUAAUGUUUUAAGGAUGCUCAAGCACACAUACCAGAUAUGCCAUUCUCCAUUUGGUGCAGAUUGUGGUAAAAUGGUGAAGGUGUAUUCAGCAGUGUCUGCUUUCAGAAGAAAUCGGAUCAUAUGUCAAGCUGAAACUGCCAAAUUUAUAUAUACACGUGUGAUAUGUUUUCCUACUUAGUCUGUGAAAUUUUUUGUCUUUAACUUUUAAAUGUUUGCCUUUUGUGCCUCUAUUGUAAUAAAUAUGUUUAAAGUAAUUUAUAUAUAUUUUUUGGUUACUACAAAUUACAGAAUCAAUUAAAUAUAGGUGGUCCAUUUGAGUGCACUGGU